AUGAUGGAAUCCAAAAGCACUGGUACAAAGAGACUUAUCUCUGUUGGAUCUCUGUCAAACUUUGAAAGAGCUGAAUUUAUCUCAUCUAAAACUGAUACAAAGUAAAGAUUAGGAGAACUCUUUAUUUAUGAACCUACUAAAUUAGAGAGUAAUUAUGUAUGUCUUUAUAAUUUAAGUGUUUGGAUUAAGAUAAUAAAUUGUAAGUACACGAAUUCCUAGAUUUGAUCAUCCUAAACCAAUGUUUGAAUUAGAUUCUUAACCAGACAAAACUUUAACACAUGUUGCAUCUUAAACUGAGUGUUAAAAAUGUAAUCAUAGUUUAAGUAAGAUUGUAUAACCUAAAAUAAAUAUGGAAUCAUUACAUUUAUCAGCUCCUUCAUUAUAACCUUAUGAAAAAUAAGAACCUAAAGUUAUAGUUCCCAAAUAAUUAUAAAGUCAUAUAGUGAGAUAAAAAAAGAAGGAUCUUCCACCUAUCUUAUAAUAUUCUUUCAUUUAACCUCCACCUGUUUUUACAUAAUCUGCAAAAGUUGUAAGAGAAUAGAAAUCUUUUGGUAAAUUAUCUUAAGGCAGAAUAUCUAAGAAAUUUGAUAAUGAAAUUGUUAAAGUAAUUCAAUAAGAACUUAGCUAAUAAUUGAAUUAAAUUGAGGAUGAAAUUUCAGAUAAAGGAUAUAGUGUACCUAUUAAAUAUGUAUAAAUUUAUUUUUAUAUUUUAUAUAGUCAAAUCUCAAAAGAACUAAAUAGAUGACAUUAAGUAAGAAAAUAAAAUUAGAAAAAUAAUCACAAAUUUUGAAUGAAAAGAAGACAGAAACAUAAUUUUUUAUGUAAAAAGAAAAAGAAAAAGAAAUCAGAACAAUUAUAUUUUUCAAAUAACCAGAAAAGAGUCAGUCUUAAAUUCGUCUCUAAAAAGAAGAAAAUAGCAAUAUUAUAUUUGGCUAUUCAAAUAGAAAAGAUGAAUAAUAAGCUUGA